AUGCCCCGCAACACCCACCGUUCUACUGCCUCGCAAGCUCGUAAAAGGACUCCAACUACCCUGCGCCUUCGUCUGUCCAAACCGCCUGUUCCGGAUGUUCCGGAUAAUGACGAGAAUCCAACUGAUGAUGAGAAGGAGGAUAAGGAGGAGGAGGAGGAGGAGGAGGAGGAGGAGGAGGAGACACAGUCAGAAGAUCCUCGAUUUCUGCGAACACCUACCCCUGAGCCUGAGAUCUCAUUCAGCUAUAAUCAAUGUGAUGGUGAUGAAAUAUAUGAUGGAAGGAAUGGGAGGCAUGGGAGGACUGAAUUCAAACUUGUCAUCGAAUUCAAACUUGCCAUCAAAUUCAAACUUGCCAUCGAAUCCGAACCUGCCAUCGAAUCCGAACCUGCCAUCGAAUCCGAACCUGCCAUUGAAUCCGAACCUGCCAUCGAAUCCGAACCUGCCUCCUAUUCGAAGUAG